AAGAACUUGACGUGGUUUAUAUAAACGUAGCGUGUAACAUUGGCCUUACAAUAUUUUUCAUUCGAAUGUCGACAAGUGCGGCGCGUUUACAAUGAAUCUGAGUUGCACUCUCGUUUUGUCGGUGCUUAUGUGUAUAGGCUAUGCUUCUGCGAGAAAAAUACCUUCGUAUGUGACUCUAUGCAAGCGGGACGACCCAAAGCUGGAACAAUGCUUCAUAAACGCAGUGGAACAAAUCCGGCCGUAUUUCCGGGCGGGAGUCCCGGAUUUAUUUAUUCCUCCCAUGGACCCCCUUGUUAUACCCCAAGCCGGGCUCAACAGCGGCGACAACUUCAAAGCCUCGUUCAAAAAUAUUCAGAUUUAUUACGCCGAUGAAUUUAAAAUCGAACAUUUAAAAGUGGAUCUAAAUAAGGUCUACAUCGAUUUGAUUGUCAGUUUUCCGAGAUUAAGGAUCAAAUCUCAGUAUAACAUCGACGGAAGGAUUUUGAUUUUGACACUCAAGGGACAGGGGCCUGCUGAUGGCAAUUUCACAAAUGUGGGUGCGAAAUUAACUGUUGAUGGGCAAAGAUUCUUCAAAAAAGGGAAAGAAUAUAUUGGGAUAACGAACAAAAAGCUGGACUUGUCGUUGGGGAAACCUGUGUUCUAUUUCGAUAACUUUUUCCGAGAUAAUCCAGAACUGAAUGAGCAAACUAAUAAGAUUAUCAACGAAAAUAUCGUUGAUAUUUUGGACGAGUUGAGGCCGGUGGUUGACCAGACGGUCUCUGAAUUUGUGUUUGGAAUAGUGACAAGGUUAUUUAACCGGUAUUCCAUGGAUGAACUGUUUCCUCUUAAUUAAAUUAUUAUUUAUUAUUAUUAUGUAUUUUUGUAAAAUAGGCAAAUCAAUAGAAUAAUGUUUUAAUUA